GAAAUUCUAGAGUUCUUCUUCACUGUGAGUCCAGAGCAUGAAGAUGUCAUCAAUAAAUCUGUACCAAACUUUGGGUUGGCAGGCCUGGCUAACUAAGAAGGCUUCCUCUAAACAACCCAUGAAUAGUUGUUGAGUGUCGUAUCUCAGUUCUAAAGGUAUAUCUAAUUUAUUUGUGGACAUGCAUUUAUAUCAUAUGCACCGUAUUCUGUGAAUUUAUGAUCUGCAUUUAACCGUGUGCAACUACAUACUUGUUUCAAUGUUCUGAAAACACAGCAAUGGAUAGGAAUCUGCUAGAAAUUGCUGCAGCAAUGAUAGCAAUCACUGCACUGGAAGAGGAAAAGGACAGAAGAGGCAGAAAAAGAGGUUGUUGGGCUCGACAUUGGCUGCAGAGACGUGAAGAAGGGAGGGGUAUAUACAACAUGCGAUGAACAAAAUGGAACCAGAGGACCCCAAUGAAUUCUGCAAUUUUGUAGGCAUGGACAAGUCAUGUUAUGACAAAUUGUUGUCGUUCAUCAGUGAUAACAUUUGUCACAAAGACACCGUCAUGAAGGAAUCAAUUUCUCCUAGUGGAAGGCUUGCUGUUACUCUCAGGUUCUUGGCAACAGGGGAAAGUUACAAGAGUUUGUCAUUCUUGCACAGAAUAUUUGUGCCGAGUAUUUCACAUAUUAUCAUGCAAGUAUGCACAGCAAUUCGAGAUGUACUGAAAGAUAAAUAUUUGAAGGCUCCAACAACAGAAAGAGAGUGGCAGCUGACUGCUGACAUGUUUGAUGAACUGUGGCAGUUCCCAAAUUGCUUAGGUGCAAUGGAUGGGAAACAUGUUGCGAUUGCUGCACCAAGAUCAGCUGACUCACUUUAUUAUAAUUACAAAAAAUUUAAUAGCAUUGUAUUACUAGCAAUCGUUGAUGCUAAGUAUUGGUUUUCUCUGAUUGACAUUGGGUGCAAUGGGUGAGUAAGCGAUGGAGGAGUCUUUCAGCAAUGUAAAAUAAGCUCUGCACUAAGGGAAAAUUGGUUGCAAGUUCCACAAGAAAAAGUGCUAAAAAACAGCAACAUAUCUCUUCCACAUGUUGUUGUGGCAGAUGACGCUUUCAGACUCCAGUCAUACAGCAUGAAGCCCUAUAAAGACUAUAAAAAUGAAACUCACAAAAAUGUUUUCAAUUACAGAUUAUCAAGGGCACGACGAGUUGUUGAAAAUGCCUUUGGUAUUCUGAGCAACCUUUUCUGAAUAUUACUGACAACUAUUAAACUUGCUGUAGACAAAGUGGAAUUAAUUACGGAAACACUUUGCAUUUUACAUAUUUUUUUAGAUUGAUGAAACAGACAGCACAUAUAUGUCAACCAGAGACGUGGAAAACACGGAGUCUUGUACGAUGGAGGAAGGGUCAUAGCGUGCUGGUGCUCUGUGGGGUAGCGCACACCAGCAGAACUGCGAGGCAAGCAAAGGAAGUCUGUGAAUACUGUGAAUAUUUUAAUACGAGUGUUUCUGUCCC